AUGGCAGUGUCUGUGAUAAGAACAAAACGAGGCUUAGUUAAACCAGCUGAGGAAACUCCAUUGAUCACACUGGACCUAUCAGCCAUCGAUAGAUUACCUGUUCUAAGAUGCAAUGCUAGAACCUUACACGUGUUCAGACAUGGCCCUGAAGCUGCAAGGGUCAUAAGAGAGGCCUUGUCCAAAGCACUGGUUCCUUAUUACCCUCUUGCAGGAACACUCGCUGAAUCCAAACCAGGGUGCCUCCAAAUUCAGUGCUCUGGUGAUGGCGUGUGGUACGUUGAGGCAUGUGCUGAUUGUACCCUUGAAUCUGUCAAUUUCUUUGAUGAUGUUCAGUCUCUUCCAUAUGAUGAUCUUCUUCCUGAUGAUAUUCCUGAGAUCAAACACGUCGAACCCCUCGUGCAAAUGCAGGUGACACAAUUUGGUUGUGGGGGUUUUGUGAUAGGCCUCAUAUUCUGCCAUAGCAUAUGCGAUGGUCUAGGAGCUGCACAGUUUCUAAAUGCCGUUGGGGAGCUAGCAAGGGGUCAUGAAAAAGCCAGCAUCGAACCAGUGUGGCAAAGGGACUUUUUCCCAUCUCCUCAAACACCCCAAGAAGCUACAUUGCCACCAAAGCUACCCCCACUUCAAAUACCAGAAUACAAGCUAGAGCAUGCAAACAUAGACAUGCCCAUGGAUCAAAGCAUCCUUCUGAAGAAAGAAUUUCAACAAGUAACUGGACUCGGUUGCUCUGUCUUCGAGAUUGUAGCUGCAGCAUGUUGGAGAAGCCGAACAAGAGCCAUUAAAUUGGAACCCAAAACUCAACUGAAGCUUGUGUUCUUUGCAAAUUGCCGUCAUCUCUUGGACCCUGUUCUACCCGAUGGUUUAUACGGAAACUGUUUUUUCCCAGUGACGAUCACAGCUUCAUUUGAGUCCCUUAGAGAGGCUGUGAUGAUUGAUGUGGUGAAGCUGAUCCAAGAAGCAAAAGCCAAGUUACCCGUUGAAUUUGGAAAGUACUUGAAAGGUGAACAUUUGCAAGGUGGAGAGAAAGAGGACCCAUUUGCACCUCCACUCACCUACACUACUAUGUUCAUAUCAGAAUGGGGAAGGCUAGGAUUCAACCACGUGGACUACAAGUGGGGUCCACCUGUCCACGUGGUUCCCAUACAAGGCUCCACCAUUAUACCCGUGGCCAUUGUAGGGUCCAUGCCUCUACCAAACAAAGGGGUUAGCUUGAUGACGUGGUGCGUGGAGGAGCCACAUCGAGUUCCUUUCCUUAAUCACAUGAGUGGAGUCGUGAAUGGGGAAAUGAUAUAA